GAAUAGCAUUGUUGUGCCAGUGGUAGCCCCGAGAGGACGUAUCGCGUGAUUUCUUUGUGGAUUUAGCAGCAGAGUGGAUUAAAUCGCGAGAGUUUCUUAACAUUUUAUCGAGCACUUUCACACACACACCGUCCGAAAAGAAAAAAAUAAGAUGUUGCACCUCAGUGAUGCCAAGAUCACGGUGUUCCUCGUGAGUGUUGUGGCCAUUGGGUGUGCUACAGCAGUAAAGCACCCCAAUCAAAGAUUGAUGACCAUCGGGAAGAAUCUGAAGCGAGAUGCUCCGGUGGGAAAUCACUUUGCUGGGGGGAACAUACACGGUGGAUUUGGGCAGCAGGGUCAUCAGCAAUUCCAAUUGCAGACUCUCUCCCAUCAAGGGCUUGAUGGACACCAAGGGAGUCACUUUGUGAUGCCACACUACAACUUUGGGGGCUCCUCUGGGCAUGCUCAGGGGCACAACUUCGCUCAUGCAGGCACAGCGCAAUAUGCACAACUGGCCAAGAUUCUCAACACCCAGGGAGCAGUGGCUGGAGGACACAUUGGGGGUGGUCAUAUUGGUGGGAACAUCGGCGGUGGUAGUAUCGGUGGACACAGUGGUGGUCACAUUGGUGGUUUUAGUGGUGCUGGAUUUGGGCAAUCAUUCGGAACUGGAGCCCUAAAAACAGCUCCUGUGACCUUUUCUGCAGCUCCAUCAACAACGUACGGCACUCCUGCUGUUUCCGGACACUUGGGAGGACUCGGAGGGCUAGGGAAUUUGGGUGGUGGCCUUCAGGGAGCUUCCUUCAUUGGUGGACAUGGAUUCGGAGGUUCUCUCGGCGGUCUCCAGGGAUUUGGUGGAGCUCACAACCUCGGAAAUUCCUUCGGUGCCUCCCUAAAGGGUGCUGAUUUCGGUGGUUCUCUCAAAGGUGCUGACUUCGGUGCCAACAACCACUUGCUCUUGGGCCAGAACUACGCUGCCUCCUUUGGUAAUCACCAACUCCAGGCUCUACCUCAAUCAUCAUCAGCUCAAACCGUGCCAGCCUAUGCUGUCGGGAUCAAAGGACUAAGCCACUACUCUUCCGGUGGAGCUCUCGGUUCCGGUGGUAUUCAAUCUUACGGUGAUCUCGGCACUCAGGCUACAUACUCAGGUGGUCAUGGAAGUCUCGGCUCAGCUGGUCUCACUUUCGAUACAACCAAAUACAACAUUCCCACGUACUCAAGUGGCAAAACCCUCGCUCCCAUUGCCCUCUCCUCAAAUGUAGCCGCCAAUUCUCUGCGACACACCACAAUCUCCAACAUUGUGGAUCAGAUGAAGAACCCCUUCAAGCCAUCCGUUUUUCUGGGUAUGUAUGCCGAUGCUGCAUCCUCCGGAGAAUCUCAUGCAUAUGGAGGCAAUCAAGGCUUCUCAAAUCUCAAAUUCGCUCAAACCUCCCUGCCAUCCUACUCCGCCCACAAUUCCGGUGUCUCCUACGACGGAAGCUCAGCGGGCUACAACACCAUCAACUACUCAGAAGGAACGGGGCACUAAGCGCCACAACCCCAUCCAUUGCUACAAAGUGUCAAGCUACACCCUCCAUGCUGCCACUCGCCCUAAAAUUAAGCUAAAAUGAAAGAAAAAAAGAAAUCUCUAGUUUUUAAGGAGCUUUGUAUAAAUUAAUAUUUAUUUUUCGCGAAUUCCGGAGAAAUAAAAGCGAGUAAAGAAAA